AUGGGCACCAUGGAACAUUUCUUCGCACGCUUUGUACCAUUUCUGAAUGAGGUCGCAAUCGGCGCAUCAAUCCAAAUUCUCAUAUCUUUGCUGCUGGAAGAAUCAACCUGUUUCUCUCUCGACACACUCUUCCACCCCAUCUUCGCAAGGCCCGACCUGUUCUCGUUUCAGGUCAUGGCCUAUAUUAUCUACGGGACAGUCUUCUACUGCGUCUUUCAGUUCCUCAAUGCAUUCUCGAGAAUGCCAAUGAUAGAGGCCGGCGAAUAUCAGAUGGCGGCCCUCUAUUGGUACCCCAUCACGGCGUUCGAGCUCGUAGAGAACCACAUGGAUGACGACUGGGACUAUAUAGCUCCACUCUUUGCGACUAUUCAUCAUAUCUACAUGGUCUUUAUAUGUUGUUUUAUCGGUCUGUCCAUGAUGUGCGGUUUGAUGAUUCUUUGCCAUCUUCCUUCUUGGAAUGUACCAUACCUGCAAUGGUUUCGAUCUGCGGGGACCUUCAUUGGUACUAUAUUCAGCAACACCUUUAGGAUUUUCCGGUAUAUAUACGCCACCGGCGAGUCGCUUCUUGAAUGGUGCCUAUACCGGGUUCUUCCAAACCAUCCAUUAUGGCUUACCAUCACCUCCACAGGACUGAUCCUCGGUGAUAUUCUACUGGCAAUGUGGGCUGCAAAUCUUUUAGUUCCUGCUCGCCCAAGAUAUCAGUUCAAUACGACAGAGCUGUGCAAUGUAUCCUUGGGGAACCCUCGCCACGGCCCUGUUUUAACAUGGCACUUUGGAGACCCAAAUGUGCCGGGGUAUGACUGGAAGAUAAUUGAUCUGACACGACGUUCUCUACAAUCCUGUUCUGCAAGAUUUGCACACUGGUACAACAAUCAGCACGUGCUCGAUGAAAUGCAUCACUACCCAGCUCUUACUGGCACUGUCAUGUUUAUCAUAAUAUUCCUUGGCUUCAACUGGAUCUGGGAGGACAAGUCCCAGCGGCUAAGGCAAGUCGAGCACGCCAUUGAAGAGACACUAUGCAAGAACGCGAUAACACACGAAUUUGAGGGACACCUGAGAAAGUGGUCGAGCAGGACAGACGCCUAUAAGGAAUUUAUGGUCACAAACUUGAAGGUUAUCCGUAGUAUCAUCGCGCGGAAUAUGACACUUAUGAAUCAAUAUCGACAUGUUACUGGUAAAGCCGAUAGCCUCCAGGCUAAUCUGACGGAUCGAGCUCAACGACUUGAUGCAUACAAGAGAGAAAACAUAGACCUCCGCAGACUAAAUACGAACUUGCGGACUGAGCUCAGCAGACUAAGGACGAGUGCUGAUGUGCAAGCCCAUACGGCGAGUCUGGAGGCGCUCAACGCGCGACUGGUCUCGGCAAAUAACGAGAACGCCAAUCUCCAACAGCAGAGAGACAAACUAAAUCGGGACCUGGAGGUAGUUCGACAAUCAAGAGCAUCUGCUGAAGCAAGAGCCACUGCAGCUGAGACGGCGAGGAGAAUCGCUGUCAUCGAAAGAUCUGCUCUCCGCAAGGAUGUAGAGAGAUUGGAACAGCAGAAUGCAGAGCUUCAGCAAAAUUUUCAGGAAGUUUCCGAGCAGCAGAGCGCCCUUGACCGGGCGAGAGCAGCUGCCGAGACUGAGCUUAGGUCAAGAAACACCGCCAUGGCGGCACAUGUUCAACACCUCCAAGGCAGACUGAGUACACAGGAGGCUCACUCAGCUGAAAUAAUAAAAGCAGCUGAAGAGAGGGCGCACGCUUUACAAAUUGAGCUUGAGCAUACGUUGGCUCGUGAGGAGAAGACGAGGAUGGUAGUCAGAGGGAGAGAAGUUCAAUUGCGAAACGCGCGCCAUGUCAGACAAAAGAACAGAUUCAAUUUAACCAUGAGGUGGAAGGAUGCGGCACGGGCUGCUGAUGCCUACAAGGAGAGCAACAAAUUGCUAGAGAAGCGCCUCGUUGAAUUAGACGCGACUCUGAAGGACAGUACGCAAACAAUCCACGAUCCGCGGAAAAACAAUGAAAUAGGACAAAUAAGGCGUCGGCUUGAAAAGUCGCAAGCGCGGAAUACGGUACUUGAAGAGGAGACCAAGAUUCUCCAGGAGACUAUCAACCGGCUGGAGAGACGGUUAAACGCCGCAGUAACCAUGUCUCCUGCUCAUCAGUCACCAUCUACGACACCCUCCUUUCGCGCUGAUUCUGAUGAAUUGGUGCGAUUGAGAAAUGAACUUACGCGUGCGGAGAGAACAAUUCGAGACCGUGAUAUUCGUAUCUCGAAUUUAGAGGCGCAACAAGGCGGCUCGAGGUCAGGAAAUCCCUUCCGCGGGCAAUCACGCGGGUUGCGACGAGCACAUCGAGGGUAA